AUUCAAUUCCAAUUCAAUCUCGGAUCAUCGGAUCGGAUGAUCAAAUUGUUCUGUCUUAAACUUGCGUGUUUUCCAAGAUUUCUUUACGGUUUCAUUGUGAUCUAUAUAUCGGAGAUUACCGUCGACAAGGAUUGUUCUAACUCUAAAAUAUUUAAAUUUAUUGAUUUUUUGAGUGUCUAGUGUUUCGUGUAAACGUUUUCGAGAGAUUACAUAUUUACAUCAUUUAUUUCAAAUGUUUCGUUUGGGUGUUGAAGCAGUGUAUUAAAAAGCGAGUUCAAACUGAUCUCUAAUAUUUAUUAAACAAGAUGCUUAAUUCAUUAUUUCGGUUCCUCGGCGCUGAGGAGGCCCCGAACAAAGUCUUAGAAGUGCGUUCAGAUAGCUACAUUUCUCGGCCAAUAAGAUACAGAGAAGAUGCUAUGAUUUUGUAUGCUCCAAAGAUACCAUCCGACAACAAGAAUCCUAAAGACAAAUAUUAUGAGAUAAUAUUGCAGAAACCUUUUACAGAGACCCUGCAUCAGAUGUACAGUUUAUUCAGAUCAGAAAGUAUAGAAACAACAGAGGAAAAAUUUAUAGCUUUCAAAGAGAAAAUACCGUUAUUCAUCAAAGUAACUAAAGAGUGUACAAUACCAACACUACAGAAACUCUGCGACACGCUAUCAGAACACCAGUCGUGGACAAUAGCCCAUAUAGUUGCCCAUUUCGGCCUUUACGAGCUGUUCAACGAUCCGGAUGUACAGAAACACAUAGAUGAUCAAGACGCCUUCACAGGAGUCACGCCGAUUAUGGUGGCCGUCCAAACGUGCAAUGUGCGGAUGGUGCAGAGUCUUAUAUCACUGAAAUGCUCAUUGAGCAUUCUGGACCACGACGGAAACACGGUAUUCCACUAUGCCGCCGCUAGUAACAAGGAAAUUAUUAAUAUGCUGGCCAGUAGUGACCCGUCGUGUCUCAACGUGUACAACAAGCAAGGCUACACCCCGCUACACACAGCAUGUCUCGCCGACGCUCCGGAUUGUGUUAGAGCACUAUUGCUGGCAGGCGCGGACGUUAACUUGGCGGCGUCUAAACGGACCACCAGUGCUUUGCCAGGGAUAGUGGGAGACUUGCUGAAAGACAACCAGCCGAAGCUCCACCAGCAGGACAUGAAGCACGGCGGCACCCCGCUGCACUGGGCCGUGUCCAGGGAGGUGAUUGAAGCGCUGGUGGACAAGAACUGCGACAUCAACGCGGCCAACUUCGACGAGAGGACGGCGCUGCACAUCAUGGUUCUAAGAGGGCGCCUCGAAUGCGCAGUCGCGUUACUAUCCCAAGGGGCGGAGCAUUCAUUAGGCGACAAGGACGGCAAUACACCCUUACAUUUGGCGGUGAAACAGACGAACAUAGCAAUAGUCCAGGCUUUAAUAGUGUUCGGAGCGAAGUUAGAAGCGAAAAACAAUGAAGGAAACACGCCUAGGCAUUGUGUGCCGGCAGAAUUGUCGAGCAGUAACUAUGACAAGAUAUUGUAUGUUUUACACGCAGUUGGCGCUAAGAGAUGCCCAACAGAUAUGUCUGGGUGCCGGGCGGGGUGCUCCACCCGCGGGGAGUACAACGGGGUGCCGCCGCCGCCCGUGGCCCGCGCGGCCGCCAGGAAGGCCGUCAGCGAUAUGUUGUCUGUGGCCGGCGUCAUGCGGGCGGCCAGCGACGGCGAGGAGAGGAAGGCCAGACUUCUCUGCCUUGACGGAGGCGGUAUAAGAGGCCUAAUUCUUAUCCAAACUCUGAUAAACCUUGAAGAAGCGGUCGGCAGACCUAUCAUACAAUGUUUCGACUGGGUAGCGGGCACCAGUACGGGAGGGAUCAUAGCGUUAGCUUUAUCCUGCGGGAAGACACUAAGGGAAUGCCAAAGAUUGUACUUCAGUAUGAAAGAACACGCCUUUGUUGGCAUGAGGCCGUACCCUUCGGAGGCUCUGGAGAAUAUGCUUAAAGAGAAUUUAGGCACAGAAACAGUAAUGUCGGACAUCAAACAGCCAAAGUUAUGUGUGUUGGCGGUACUAGCGGACCGGAAACCUGUAGAUCUUCACGUGUUUAGAAACUACCAGUCUGCGCAGGAGAUUCUAGAUCAGCACAAUGGGACGUUGAGCCCGCGAACGGAGGCGGCGGACCAGGUGUCGGUGGUGUCGCUGCCGCCGCCGCCGCCGCCGCGCGAGCAGCUGGUGUGGCAGGCCGCGCGCGCCAGCGGCGCCGCGCCCUCCUACUUCCGCGCGUCCGGCAGAUACUUAGACGGUGGUCUAAUGGGCAAUAACCCGACAUUGGACGCGCUAACGGAACUCGCAGAAGUACAUUUGGCGUUGACGGCCACGGGACAACACGAGGAAGCGAAAAAAGCCAAUUUGAAAGUGGUCGUCUCUUGUGGUACAGGUGUAAUACCAGUGACGAAAAUAAAAGAUUUCGACGUGUUCAAGCCGGAGAGUUUGUGGGACACCGCGCGGCUGGCGUGGGGACUGUCUGCCAUCGGCGGCCUGCUAGUGGACCAGGCGACCCAAUCUGACGGCCGAGUAGUGGAACGCGCCCGCGCAUGGUGUAGCUCCACCGGCGUCCACUACUUCCGGUUCUCGCCACAGAUCUCGAAAGAUGUCGCGAUGGACGAGAGAUCGGACGAGAAGCUCGUGGUGAUGCUGUGGGAGGCGCACUCCUUCAUGUGGGAGAGACGGGACGAGGUCAAGGAGCUGGUCUCCUUGUUGAUAUCAGAUAAAUAGAUCAUAAAACAACUAGUCUAAUUACCCGGUGGUAAGUAUUUAUUCAAUCGAAGCAAAGCAAAAAUAUUCUUUGUCGACUCGCAAAGAAUAAACAGUAAGCUAUGACGCUUUAAAUUUAGAUCAAUAAGCAAGUUAAACAGUUACAUUAACUGAGUUCCAGAAUUGGAUUUUUCAAAUGCAAUGGUAUCUUAUAAAUACAAAUUUUUGUAUUAAACAUGCCGUUGCUCCUGGUCACAACUUCACCACUCUGGAGAAGAGCCCGGGGUGCGCCUUUUGUAUUAAACGGUAUCAGUUGAUAAUAGCGACCUCUAGUGGCAGAAAAUGUUAACCGCCUCAUUUCAAUUAAAUUUUUUUCACUCCAAUUCCGGAGUCAAGUUGAUUUAUGAAAUUAUAUAGUGAGAUACGGCCGCUGUAAUGAGAUAAUAAAUGUAUUAAAGAUUAUAUUUAUUGUUGAAUUUAUAUAAUUGCAGGGAUUAAUAUUUAUUUUGCUAAUUGGUAAACAGGUUAUUUUUUAAUUUAUUUAUUAUUUGUUGUUAAGUAAAUGAAAAAUUCUAGGCGAAUUUAAGAUUAUUUACAGAGAUUUUUAUUGUUGUUAUGUUUAUGUAUUUGCUGCAUAAGGCAUCUGGAAAUCCUUACAAAGGAUUUAAAUAAAUAUAUGAAGCUGAUUACGUUAAAUAACUUAUGGUAUGUCAAUGUUCGAAAUUAUGUUGCGGUUUUAAUUCGAUGACAUUCAAAUAUUAUUGCAUAAUAUAAGUAAUGUAUGAAUUUCAAGUUGUAAUGGCGCGGCAGAUAUAAGCCAUCGUAUUUAAAUAUGGAGAAAUAUAUUUGUGCGUUAUUUUACAGACAUGUGUGCAAACUAUGCAUAGAUAUAUGAUACUUAUAUUAUUCGAAAUUCUGUGACCAUAAAACGCUUUUAAAUUUGGUGUAUUGUAUAGGAAACGCACAAUUUUUUACAUAUUUUGGAGAUAUUUAAUAAUAAAACCAUUCCACAUAUUUUGUGAAUUAAAUAAAUGAUAAAAGGUUACCAUAAGCAGAGUUAUUAAAAAAGAGCUACCACAUAUAGUAAUCGUACAAUUAAUUUGACUUGCUUUUUAACGACCAAUUUUAGCGAAAUUUUGAGCUUGGUCACAUAUGAAAUAACUCUGAUAGUUUACAACAUCGUAAAAGUAGAUGUAUAAAAAUAUACUUAGAAUUACUAAAUUAUUUAUGGAAUAUACGUCACAAAAUAACAUUGUAUGAAUUUGGCCACACUUGCAUAUUAGAUAAAGAGACAACUAGUUUCAAUGUUUGAGGGGAUAAAAGAGGCGUACUCUAUAGUCAAGGUUAUAAGAUGCAUUCCUUUCUAUAUAGAAUUCUAAGAAUUGCCAGCACCCUUAACCAAAUGUCAAACGCUCUAUAUUACGAGCUUCUAACGCUUAGAUUAUUAUACAAUUCGAUACCGCGUAGCAGCUAGAAUAAAAAUAUUGGCAUUGUAUGGUAUCCCUCCAUCUAAUAAAUAAAUUUAUUAUAUCUUAUUAAAAGAUAAAUUUGUCUAUGGCUGUCGCUUCGUUUGUCGAUUGACAUUUGGCUAGAGCAUCGGGCUAGAAAGGUUUUCAAACUCGUUGAUCAGAAAGAGCGAUUAUAAGAAAAAAUCUUCAAUAGUGUGGCUAUGACUUAUCAAUCAUAUUAGAUUUGUAUGUGGACGUUGUUUCUGGGUAUAUCGAUGGUGUAUACGUACCAAAGUAUAUCGAUUUAAUAUUUAGCGUAAAUAAAUGUACCUUGAUUCGAAGACGAAGAAGUACCUACUAGAUUUUUUUUGUUUGAAUUUUUAUUGUUUGCUACUAGAUGGCAGUGGUAGAACAUGAAAUGUCAAAAAAAUCGCGUCACUUUGACAGUUGUCAAGUGUCAAAUCACACACGGGGCAGGACACGAUUUAAAAGAAUGGACGGUAAAGUUGUGGGAAUGUAGCUUUAACUAAGAUUAUGAUUUGUGAGACAUUAUCUAGUUUCUUAGAAUGUAAUGAAUGUGUUUGUAACGGGUUGGUUUCUUUUAAUUUAAUAAUAAGAUUUUGUUAAAAUUUCGUUGUACAAACAAUUUAGUUGUUCGACAAUAAAUGUGGUUUUGUUUUUCGCACUUUUUGAUAUAGAUUUAUGUCGGGACUUGUUUACAUACAUUGUAGAGAAGAGUUUCAAACCUUUGCUAAAAUUGUCUCUGGGAAUAUUGUUUCUGUUAUGUUACAGUUCAAUUUCUAUUUGAAAAGGAAAUAUUUAAUAAAAAAUGUGUAAGUACCCUA